GUCGGCUAAGGCGUAGGUGGGGCCCAACUCCGGCGAGGGGCGGCGGCGGCGUGCUCGUCGCCAUGGACGAGCAGGAGUUCCGGAGCAUGCUCGAUCUCUUCCCCGUCGUCCGAUCCCGCGACUACUGCAAGCCUGAAUUGGAAUCAUCAAGCAAAGGCAAUGCACAGCAAGCACAAGCUCAGGAGACAAAAGGAACAAACAAGGAGCCAUCUGCUGCAGAAGAUGUCUUCCUAAGAAAAUUGAAGAUGGCUGCUGCAAAAAAGGUUGGAGCAACAAAGGCAGCAUUGUUCUGCAAGACAUUUGAAGAAGCCCACAACAAACUUGUUUACAAAGAACUGAAUCUGGAUGCGGCUCAAAGAUUCCUGAAUGUCUACAAGAACUGAUGAUGAACUGUCGCGCAUAUUGCUGAGCAUUCCACAAGUGCCAAUCGACCUGGUUUUAUCAUUGUAAACUGGUGGUGAUACCUAGUGCGAAGGUGAUAGAGAAAUCUGCUGUUGAUUAGCUGCAUUUCUCUGAUGUACUGUCUUGUCUCAAAGACACAUACAAUGGAAAAUCAAAUGCAAUCUUUCCUGCAAUCA